AUGGGACAGGAACGGGGCGGGACGGAGGCGGGACGGGGCGGGAGAGGAGGGGGGGCGGGGGGAAGGCAGAGGGCGGCGGCGGGCCGAGUCGCCAUCGCGUCACUGCCCGCUGCGCCCCCCUCGGAGCGCGCUGAGCGCGGGGGUCCCGGCGGAGCCGCCCGUGGCUGCCCCCUCCUCGCUCGCCAGCGGGACGGCUCGGGCGCAGGUUGUGUACAAGUGCUUCUCAGAAGAUGUCCAGUACAGAUCCCCUCACAAAUACAGAGAAGGAGGGCUGAAGAUGAACCAGAGCGUUUUGAUGGUCUCUCUCUCUUAUACUGGACCAUUAUGGGCCCUCAUGGAAUUAAUCGAGCUGUUCACCGUAUCUCUUUCUCCGAUUGCCAGAACGGAUUAGGAGUUAAAAUUAUUGGAGGUUAUCGGGCACAAACAGCAGAAGAUUAUGGGAUUUUCAUAAAGAGAAUUCUACCUGGGGGGGUGGCUGCUGUAGAUAGCCGUUUGCUCACUGGGGACCUAAUUCUGGAUGUCAAUGGAGAAAACCUGGUUGGAGUAACAAAUGAAAGAGCUGUUGACAUCCUGAGAACAGCCUCAGCCUCUAAUCACAUGUCUCUGCUUGUUGCUAGAGAUGAAGAAGCAAAGAAAGAAUUUCAUGACCUAAUGGAUAAGUAUGGCUCUCACAGUGAAACAACCUCUGCAAGAACUUCUCCAACACAUCACUUACCUGCAAAAUCUAGAGACAGCCUUUCUUCUGGGUCAUCCUCCAGGUCACAGAGUCCUCAGUUGCAUCUGAAGGAUAACAUCACCAGCAGUAGCAGCAGAAAUAAUUAUGUCUCACCACCAUCCCCAAAGCUUCCAAAUGACAGUGCAUUUCAGAUUAUCUCUGUUUGCAAAGGAACAGGCCUAGGUUUGAAUAUUGUGGGAGGAAUUAACAGAAAUGAAGGGCCUUUGGUAUAUAUUCAAGAAAUUAUCCCUGGUGGUGAUUGCCAUAAGGAUGGCCGAUUGAAACCUGGGGAUCAGCUUGUAUCCAUCAACAAAGAGUCCAUGAUUGGAGUCUCCUAUGAAGAGGCAAAAAGUAUAAUCAACAAAACAAAGAUGAGGUUUGAAUAUUUUUGGGAGAUAGCUUUUAUUAGGCAGAAAAACAUACCCAGUCGUCCACAGAAUCUGCAGUAUCCUUUCAGCCUCUUAACAUCUACUGUAGCACAUGGAGAGCAACAGGCUGCAGCACUUGGUCCUCUUCCCUCUCCUAGUGGGAGGCUGGUUUCAACAUUCCCUCCAGAUGCUAUGGAAACUGGAGUCAAGAUGGAAGAGCAAUCUCCAAUUACUGCUCUAGACAGCAAUCCUGCUGAUGUGUCUGCCACUGUUAUUACCCCCAGCCAGAAUGAUGAUUAUGAGGCCCAAGGAAAGAACUUGAGUAUUCAUCUCAAAACAGAAAAGCUGGAGAGGGCACUGAAUUAUCUUGGGAUUCAGCUCACAGAUGAACAGCAGCAAGCCCUAAGGCAGCAACUUCAUAAAGAUUCUAAAGGAACAGUGUCUUUUGGAGAUUUCAUCGAAGUUUCAAGGAAUCUGUUGUCUGUGCAAUCAAAUGCAACUGGUGAUGGCCACAAAUCUGAAACCUUUGGGAUCAGUGAAGUUGCCAGCUUACAGGACUCACAGUUUGUAACCUGUGAUUCCUUGGAGGAUGAUGUGGGAAAACUUAAGAAAGAAAGAAAUGAAUCUUUAAAAGAAAUGAGCAAAUUAAAGGAAGAAUUGUCUGAAUCUGUGAACUUACAGAAGCAGUUAGCAGAGCAGCUACAAGUAGUCAAGCAAGAAGCCAAGGCAGCUGUGGAGGAGACAAGAGCCCUGCGCAGCAGAAUUCACCUUGCAGAGGCUGCACAGAGGCAGGCCCGGGGAAUGGAGAUGGACUAUGAAGAAGUGAUUCGCCUGUUAGAGGCUGAAAUUGGAGAGCUGAAGGCUCAGCUUACUGAGCAUUCUGGCCAUAAUAAAGAGAACAUUCACGACUUGAGAAAGAGGGUUACAGUGCUUGACUGCCAGCUGCGGAAAUCAGAGUCAGCCAGGAAGACCUUUGAGGUGGCCACUGAAAAAUUGCUACAAUUUGUAGAGCUGGGAGACACUAGACUCUUUAUAGACUCUUUAAUUGCAAAUCAAGUCCCCCACCCCCAAACAGAACAUCAAACUAUAAGUGACAGGAGAACACUGUCCACUAAAGCACUUCUGGCUCGGCUGGGAAGGGUCGGACCUACUGUCACAGCAGCUCUUGCAGCAGAAGCCAGGGACCUUGCCAAGUCUAUCCGGGCCAUUUUGGAAGUAGAUUGUCUGCCUUAUGGAUGGGAAGAAGCUUAUACAGCUGAUGGAAUCAAAUAUUUUAUCAACCACGUGACACAGACAACGUCCUGGAUCCAUCCCGUCACGAGCGCUCUGAGCUUGCUUUGCUCCGAGGAGGAGGAGGAUGGGAUCAGAGACCUUCCCGGGCCCAAGAGCUGAGGACAGCUGUGGACAGAGAGCAGUUUGUCUGGUUUUAGUCCCUUAGUGAGCAGAUGCACAGGUUUUUAUCUACUUACUUUCUAGUGUGAUGUAGUAGUACCUGGUGACAUUUCUCCCCAUCAAGCUGGAGGAAGUUCUGCUGGUUUUGAGAUGGGUUUGUUGAUGUGUGCUACAAAGGAUGCAGGGGCCAUAGGAGUCCUUAAUCUGCUGCAUUUUGGUGUGCCCAGGAUCAGUCUUACCUUAGGGCCUAGUCCCAUCUUUUCAUUAUUUCCCCACAGACCCGUAAUUUCCCUGACCUGAAGCUGAAUUUUCCAGGUCAGCUGAAAUUUUCACACCUCUGAGCAACAUGAGAUUUAAGAUGGGACCACUGGUUGUAGAUUCCAGCUGAUGGUUGACUGAGAGAUGCAAAGUGAGGUGGAGGUUUUGAACCAAUGCUAGUGAGAAUAAUGGAAAUGACUUAACUGAAAACUCUUAUUUCUAUGGGAGAAAUCUUCAAAUAAGUUUUGCUACUAGAAAUUUAGUGAUUUAUUACAAAUAUUGGAGCCCUGAUGACUUUUUAAACAAUACUAAGAUUGGUUGUUGAGCUUUAGAAAAUGUGUCUUUGAUAAGUUGUCAAAUAAAAAGAAAGUUUUCGUAGAGGACAUCAUACUCUGACAACAAUAUGAGGCAAUAUGAAAAUUAUUCUAGUUUUGUACUCUGUUAAACCAAUACAGACACACAUCAAAUACUUCAGUGGAAGCUGUGAAGUUUCAAGUACAAUGAAACCUGUGAAACCACCUCCAGGAUCAGCAGAAAUCAGUCACCUCCUCAGAACUGGUCUUCUAAGUAGAACAAAAUCAUUUUGUACACAUCAGUGAUGUUUUAAAGAGGAUAAAGAAAAUGAUGGGGGGUGCUAGUGCAAGUUAAUGGAAAUGUUUCUGUGUACCUCAAUAGCACAGGAUAUUUUAAAUCUCAUUAUUCACAGCACAAUGUCUGAUGUCAGCUUUGUCAAAUGUAUGAUUCUGUGCUACAUUUUUCUGGAGGCUCUUUAUAUGUGUGUUGUGUAUAUAAUGGUGGGUGUUACUAAUGAAUGAGACAGACCUGAACCUGCAGAAACACUGAUGAAUAUGCCAAAGGAAAUCUCUUAUUUCUGCUUCAGUCCAGGAGAGAGAAGGGGAUUGUGGCAGUGUGAGGAAGGCACAGGUUGCAGUCACAUUUUUUGAGGUCUGUCUUCAGCAGGUGUGGCAUUGGAGUUAAGAAUCCUUGUCUUCUGAGAAAUGAAUAUCAAAAUCAGACUCACUCGCAGUUCUGGUGCCUUGACCACACUCUCUGUCCUCAGCAGUGCAGAGCUGUGCCAGGUCAGGCUCACUGGAACAGUUGAUCCUUUUGAACCAAAAUAAUUCACCUUUUUUUGAAAUCCAAGUCAGGCCUCUGAAUAGCAGCCCAGUAAUCUCCUGCACUUGGCCAGAGAGCUGGAGAGCACAUCACCAAAUGUUCUUCCUGAAGCUCACAAAAGAGGCCUUUACAGGCUUUGCAGGAAGUAGAUGUCAUGUCAGGGUAUAUUGAAUAAGCAAAUAGGAAAAAUUUGUUUUGUACUUUCAACUUGGUCAGACCCAAAUUAUCUGUGAAUCUACACAGGUGGUGUGGAUUAGGGGAAAAAAGCUUGCUCAGCAGACCCACAGUAACUUACAUUUCUAAGAAAACUUCUCCUAGCAAUAACACAUGAAUGGUUUAGCCAUAUUUGCUCCAGUGGCUCCUGCAUGCUCUACAGCCUCCUUUGUGCUCCCGGAAAGCUCAGGCCAAAGGGACAGAGCAUGUGCUUCAGUGUCAGGCUUGGACACUCCAGAAGCAUUUUUAUUUAAAUCCCUUUUCUCAGAACGGCACAGACUCAUGACCUACAGAAGACAUGUCAUCUGAAUUCCUUGUGGUAUUUGCUGUAGCCAUAGUAGUCAUUUGGAUGCUUUAUGACAGCACUUUCUGUUCAUACUUCAGUGAUAUCCAGCCUGCGCAGAUUUGAAAUAUUCCAACUCCCCAGUUCUGCUCAUGAGAGUUUUCAGAUUCCAGCUCCCCAGUUCUGCUCAGGAGAGUUUUCAGAUUCCAGCUCCCCAGUUCUGCUCAGGAGAGGUUUCAGAUUCCAGCUCCCCAGUUCUGCUCAGGAGAGGUUUCAGAUUCCAGCUCCCCAGUUCUGCUCAGGAGAGUUUUCAGAUUCCAGCUCCCCAGUUCUGCUCAGGAGAGGUUUGAGCCACCAUUUGCAGCCUUGAUUCGCUCUGCUCGUGGCUGUGUCAGCCAGCUGGGUGCUCCAAAGGGGAGCAGCUAUUUAGGGAUGGGGACUGUGGCUCAGGCAGGCUCUGCACGAGCAGGGGCUGCAUGGAGAGCAGCUCAGAGCUGUCCUUCUGUUGGAUCAGCUGCAGGAGCACAGCUCUGCACAUGCUGCCCUUCCCGGGCGUGCAGCCUGCUGUGCACGGGGACAAUCUGCCUGCUCCUCUCACUGCCACCUCCCACAGACCCCAGUGUGGCACAAACCUGGAGCCUCUUCCUCUCUCUCUCUUAUAAACUUGCCUAGAAAUUAAAGAUGUUAGAAAUAGAUUUCUGCAUCUCUUCAGCUGCUCCAGUGAGCAUUUCCCUCCUCAGAUAAUCCACCAGUUCACAUUCUCUGGGGUUGAGAAUACAUUUUCUUACCUACAAUCUCCAAAUGUUCCCAUCUAUUUUUGUACACUGGCAUACUUGUUUCCUAGGUUAUUUCUCUUGAUUUCCCCUCAUCUCUUCCUUUACGUGAAAUCGUUUUGUGAAAAUUAUUUUGCUUAAGCUGAACUGUGUUUAUUGAGAAAAUGGUUCUAGCAUAACUUGGAACAGAAUUUGUAAAGAGCAGUUGUCAACAUAAUGCAACACUGUAAACGGCAAAUUUUCAUUUUUUUCCUGAAUUUAAAAAAUUAAGUGGAAAAGAUACUAAAGUGUAUGUGAUAGCCUUUAAAUUAAUAAAACUACACCUUUAUAUUGUAAUGAA